AUGGGACAGGAAAAUAGUAAGGUGCUGUUUGCACAGGUCUUGAAGACAAUGCUCCGUUCUAGGGACGCUAAGGUUAGUACCACCCAGCUGCGCAAUUUUUUGCAGUUUGUGGAGGAGGUGUGCCCCUGGUUUCCAGAGGAGGGCACGGUUAACCUGGAAACAUGGAAUAAGGUUGGGGAGCGGUUACAGGGAUUUUUUCAGGCACACGGCCCUCAGAAGGUGCCUGUGGAAACCUUCUCCCUUUGGACAUUGGUCCGUGAUUGCCUUGACCCCCGGCAUGAGGGCGUGCGCAUGGGACCGCCUGUUGCGGAGGGCAAUUCUGCGGAGGCACCGGCGGGGCCCUCCGCGGGGAUGCCAUUGGAAGACAAGGCCACGGCACCCCCGGUAGAGCUGCUCAGUGUCCGGUCAGACAAAUUAAGUCCCAAGGAGGAACAAGAUUUAGAUGAGGCUGCGGCAGCUUAUGAGAGGGAACGGUAUAGGGAACUGGUGUUCCUCUCGCAGGAAUGUACAGAUAAGCACAACCCCUUGCCCCCUGAUCUCACCAUUGAAGAGCUACAGAAACAAAUGCAAGUCUUAAUGAGCCAAGUGCGGACCCUACAUGAGGACAUGAGGGAAAAAAGGCCUGAGGAUUUGCAGAGUCCGGGUUGCUCUGCCCCUGGGCCUCCCGUAGGGAGUCCUUCCGCGGCAGACCCCCCGCUCAUAAACCUAAGAGAGGAUCCCCCGGGAUACCCUGGCGGGGAGGCGGGUGUCCCGGUUGGGGGAGUUGGAGCAGGAGUGGGGAUGCCGGUGGGGGUCCGGGUUCUUGAUCCCCGGGAAAGGACCAUGAUUGCCCUGGCACAGAGGGGUCCAGGUCAGGCUAGCGACCCCGGAUGGGGAAAGGUGCGCACAGACUCUGCACAAAUGUCCCCAUUCCAGAUGGCACUUAAUCAGGCUCAGUUGCGCGGGGAGGAUAUGAGUGGGUUUGACUCUGACUCUAUGAUAUGCUGCCCGGUGUUUGAACAGCCUGCUCAGGGCGACAAUCCUCCGCAAAGAAUUUAUGGCCCCAUGGAUUUUAAAAAGUUGAAAGAGCUUAAGAUGGCUUGCGCACAAUAUGGACCCACUGCCCCAUAUACCGAAGCUAUUUUGGAGGCUUUGGACACUGAAUAUACCAUGUGUCCUAAUGAUUGGAAACAACUGGCUCGCGCUUGCCUGUCCGGAGGGGAUUAUUUACUGUGGAAAUCAGAAUAUACAGAACAAUGUGAGAGGGUCCAUCGACUGAAUGUGAGGAAUAACAUACCCUCUGACCUUCAGGGUCUGCUGGGGGAAGGGCCGUAUGCGGACACCCCGGCUCAGUUACAAUUUGGGGUAGGGACCUAUGCCCAGGUCUCUGCCGCGGCCAGGAAGGCCUGGAAGAAAUUACCUACUACUAAAAAUAUAACUAUGGAUCUGACCAAGAUUAGACAGGGCCCUGAUGAGCUCUAUCAGGAGUUUGUCUCCCGGCUCCUUGAUGCCGCAGGGAAGCUGUUAGGGGAUGGGGAGGCUGGAAUAAUCAUUGUGAAGCAAUUAGCUUUUGAAAAUGCCAAUACUGCGUGUCAGGCAGCCCUGCGGCCCUAUCGCCACAAGGGGUCCCUCAAUGAUUACAUUAGGCUUUGCCAAGAUAUUGGGCCCUCCUAUACGACUGGAGUCACCCUCGCUGCUGCCCUGCGGGGACAAACAAUGCAGCAAUUUCUGCAGCAACAGGGAAAGGGGCGCGGCAAGGGACGACGACUUUCCCUCUCAGUCGGGAAACUGGCAGAGGGGCCGGCCCCAGGCCCCGCAAACAUAUGGGGCUCUACAGGGGGAAACCUGGGGGAAGCCCCCCGGAAACAAUCCAUUUGUGACCUCUUCCGAGCCACCCCAGGGAGCGCCGGACUGGACCUCAGUUCCGCCGCCUACACAGUACUGACCCCGGCCAUGGGAAUGCAGGCUCUGCCUACUGGGGUCUACGGUCCCCUGCCCGCAGGAACGGUGGGACUCCUCUUAGGACGCAGCAGUAGUACCCUGAAAGGAUUGUUAGUGGCCCCUGGAGUCAUAGAUCAGGAUUAUACCGGAGAGGUGAAGGUUAUGGCUCAUGCUCCUCACAAUGUGGUGACAGUAGAUAAAAGUCAGAGAAUUGCCCAGCUUAUUUUGUUGCCGCUGGUAGAACAGGGAAAAGUCAUGACGAAUAAGGCUCGCGGGUCCCAAGGAUUUGGAUCUUCCGAUGCUUACUGGAUGCAGCCCAUUAAGAAGGAUCGGCCAGAGAUGACACUUUGGAUCAAUGAGAAGGCCUUUAAAGGUAUACUAGAUACUGGGGCGGAUGUCUCAGUUAUCUCCUUAAAGCAUUGGCCUGCCAGCUGGCCUAUUCAGACUGCACUGACCGACCUACAAGGUAUAGGUCAGAGCAAAACCCCCAAAAUCAGCUCUGCUGUUUUACGUUGGCAUGACAAUGAGGGACAUCAAGGAGAGUUUCAGCCCUAUGUCUUAUCAGAUUUACCAGUAAAUCUGUGGGGGAGGGAUGUCAUGGAGCACAUGGGGGUGUAUCUCCACAGCUCGAGUCCGGCGGUUACACAACAACUACUUAAUCAAGGGCUGCUACCAGAUCAAGGAUUAGGAAGAGAAGGGCAGGGCAUUACUAAACCCUUACAACCCCUGCCCCGGCCAGGGCGCGCCGGCCUGGUAUUUUUAGGAGGGGCCUUUGACUCUCCUGCUACCCAUGCCGAUAAAAUUACCUGGAAGUCAGAUCUUCCUGUAUGGGUAGAUCAAUGGCCCCUGACUACUGAAAAAAUAAAGGCUGCCCAGGAGCUGGUGCAGGAGCAGCUCCAACAAGGCCACAUUGAGCCGUCUAAUUCUCCCUGGAAUUCACCUAUAUUUGUGAUCAAGAAGAAGUCAGGGAAAUGGAGAUUACUCCAGGAUCUUAGGAAGGUGAAUGAGACCAUGGAGCUCAUGGGGGCCCUCCAGCCAGGCUUGCCUUCACCUGCGGCCAUACCCCGUGAUACAUAUAAGAUUAUUAUUGACCUGAAAGACUGUUUUUAUACCAUUCCCCUUGAUCCCCGGGACUGUCCACGGUUUGCCUUUAGCGUACCAUCAGUAAAUUUUCAGGAGCCUAUGCAGCGAUAUCACUGGAAAGUGCUGCCUCAGGGAAUGGCCAAUAGCCCGACCCUGUGUCAAAAAUUUGUGGCAACGGCCCUAGCUCGGGUAAGGCGUGAGUACCCAGCAGUGUACGUCUGUCACUACAUGGAUGACAUCCUCAUUGCCGCUCACCAUGAGGGACUGCUCCUCCGGGCAUUUGCGAAAAUGGAAUCUGACUUGCAAAAACAAGGCCUGGUCGUAGCCCCAGAAAAGGUCCAGAGGCAGCCCCCGUUUUCUUAUCUUGGUUUUCAUCUGGAGCCUGACCGAUUUUUCUGUCAGAAAGUUCACCUUCGGCUAGACAAGCUCCAGACCUUGAAUGAUUUUCAAAAGUUGCUGGGGGAUAUCAACUGGAUUAGACCUUAUCUGGGGUUAACUACAGGGGAGCUCAAACCAUUGUUUGACAUUCUCAAGGGGGAUGCAGAUCCUGCAUCCGCUAGACAGCUGACCCCGGAGGGACGUGUAGCCCUUGGGAGGGUGGAGCAAGCUAUCCGCAGGCAGCAGGCAACAUUUUGUGACUAUAGUAGACCUUGGCAGGCCUGCAUUUUGGCCACGGGCCAUUCCCCUACUGCUGUUUUAUGGCAAGACCGGCCACUACGGUGGGUGCACCUCCCUGCUUCCCCUGCCCGGGUCCUUGCCCCUUAUUAUGAACUUGUUGCUGUCCUUAUUCAACAGGCUCGGGAAGAGUCCCGCCGCUACUUUGGCAGGGACCCUGCAAGCAUUCUGGUGCCAUAUACACGAGAACAGGUCACCUGGUUAUUCCAAACUUGUGAUCCCUGGGGAAUAGCCUUGGCUGGCUUUCCUGGAAAAAUUGAUAAUCAUUAUCCCCAAGACAAGCUUCUGCAAUUCUUUCUGAAACAUUCGAUUAUCUUUCCAAGGAUGGUAUCUGCUACUCCACUGCCCGGAGCCGCUACUGUGUUCACUGACGGGUCGUCCUCUGGCAUUGCAGCCUAUGUGCGUGGGCACCAGGUUACACGGUGGGAGACCCCAUAUUCCUCUGCCCAGGAGGUAGAGUUAGCAGCAGUACACCGGGUACUUUUAGAUGUGGCCAAUGAACCUCUAAAUAUUUUCUCUGAUAGUCAAUAUGUAGUCAGAAGCCUCUCUGUUAUUGAGACUGUCCCGUUCAUUGGCACUACUAAUUCCACUGUGCAACAACUGUUUAUAGCCAUCCAAGCUGCCAUCCUGAAUCGUACCCAACAAUGCUACUUUGGGCAUCUUAGGGCCCAUAGCAACUUACCUGGGCCCUUAUCCCAUGGAAACUGCCAAGCUGAUUUGGCCACUAAAGUGUAUUUAGUUGGGGUGCCUGCAGCUCGGGCGGCUCAUGCUCUCCACCAUCAAAAUGCCCAGUCUCUUCGGCUGCAGUUUAACAUUCCCCGAGAGGCCGCCAGACAGAUAGUAAAGGAAUGUCACACAUGUCCUACUUUAACCAGCGUGCCUAGCUAUGGAGUCAAUCCUCGAGGUCUCCUGCCCAAUCAUCUGUGGCAGAUGGAUGUAACACAUGUGCCUAGUUUUGGUAAGCAACGGUAUGUUCAUGUUACUAUUGACACCUACUCAGGGUUUCUUGUUGCCUCUGCCCUCACAGGGGAAUCCAGUUCCCACGUCAUUGCCCAUUGCUUGCGCAGCAUGUCUGUCCUAGGACAGCCCCGGGUUAUUAAAACAGAUAAUGGACCGGGCUACACAGGCAAAAAGUUUCAAGCCUUUUGUAUGCAAUUGGGCAUUCAGAGUAAGACAGGCAUUCCUUAUAACCCUCAAGGACAGGGUAUUGUUGAACGAGCCCAUGGCACGCUAAAAAAUCAAUUGCAAAAAAUUAAAAAGGGGGAGCUGUACCCCUUAAUCCCGCAAAAUCAACUUAACCAUGCUUUAUUUAUUCUUAAUUUCUUAAUUUUGGACGAGAAAGGUCGUUCUGCUGCGCAAAGGUUUUGGCAGCAGGCUGUUCCCCAAGAUAAAGCCAUGGUCAGGUGGAAGGACCCCCUUGAGGGUACGUGGCACGGGCCAGAUCCGGUAUUAAUCUGGGGAAGAGGGCAUGUUUGUGUUUUCCCGCAGGAUGCCGAGACGCCGAGGUGGCUCCCGGAGAGGCUGGUACGACACGCGGCCCAAGACGCUAGAGGAACGGAUGCAGGAGCUAACAAUGAACCCUGAGCGUCAGUCGCGAAGAGCCCGGCGAA